CAAAGAGAGAGGGGUUGUGACAGACGGACAAUCUUUUUUUGAUAACCUAAAACGAUCCUAAUUAAUAGAAAUAAAAGGUGUUAUUAUAAAUAUACAUACCCGGAGUAUUCAUGAAAAGUGGAUUACUACGGAUACAGGAUCGCUUACCCGUCAAAUGUAAAGUUGGAGCUGGCGAUGAUGUCCCUUCGUUUGCAGUCAAAUCCACUUACCUACGUUAACAUUUAAACCCAUUUCGACGCCCUGCUGUUGUAAUUUCCCCAAGAAAAACUGAAGUUUUGAGCGGAGGUUUGCAGCUAAACGGAGACAAAAUGGCACUCGAGUCAAAGACGCUGCGUUUCAAGUCCAAGUUUAUUACGGCCGAGCUGGCUCGUCUGUUCAGCCAGUCUGACAGCGAGGAGGACUUUGAAGGCUUCGGUGAGGAGGAUGAAAGAGCGGACAGAAGACGUUUUAACAUGCGAUUUAACACUAAGAUGUUGGACUCAGAAGAUGGCAGUGAUCUGGACACAGGCUUCUACUCUGAUGGUGAGGAGACACCAGCGCCCAAGAGAAAAAGUCUCUUAGUCGCUCUCAGAUUUCCUGUCAAACAGUCGCCCACCCCCAAACGGGAGCCACAAGCAAAAAGCCUCAGGAAGCCGGUUAAAGAAACCGUGGCGCAGAGGGUGAAGAAGCAGGAGGAUAAACAAAGAGCAGAGAAGACGGAGGAGGAGCAGGGAGAAGACGAGGCCAUGUGCCAAAGUCUGAGGAAGCGGGACAAAAACAUCCAGGAGAACAAGGCCAUGCUGGCUAAGCUGUUUGCUGAUCUCAGCACUAUGGCUGACCUGACUUUGCCCAACACCCCUCAAAAGAAGAAGCGCUCUCCGAUGAAAACAACGCUGCGCAAACGCAAAUUGGAACAGAACAGUGGCUCUGAAAGGAGGAACCCGUCCCGUAAAGCCCGCCCUCCUGAGAACUUUGCCGUGGACCAAGUGUGCGAGCCAUUGCCCCGCAGCGGCCCCAAGGCGAUAGACCUCAGGAGACUGGUGGAGGUGGAUGAAGAAAGUGCUGGCAACAGGCUGAAGAAGAAGAAGAAGAGGAGGAGCAGGAGCCACAGACGCAGUCAAUACGAGUUCAAGUCGGUUGAUGACAUCACCGAAGAAGACUUGGACAACGUAGCGUUCCGCAGCAAAGACAAGAUCUGGGACAAGGACAAUGGAAGCUCGUGCCACCAGUGCAGACAGAAAACCCUGGAUACGAAGACGGUGUGCCGCAGUGGGUUUUGUUCAGCGGGCAAAGGCCAGUUCUGUGGGCCGUGCCUGAAGAACCGCUAUGGCGAGGAUGUGUGCACUGUAUUACUCGACCCGACAUGGUCGUGUCCUAUCUGCAGAGGAAUGUGUAACUGCAGCCUGUGUCGAAAGAAAGAGGGUCGCUGUGCUACUGGCAUUUUGGUCGGGCUGGCCCGCUACAAUGGCCAUGACAACGUCCAUGAGUAUCUGGAGAGAAUUCAGAAGGAGCUACAGUAAAGACCAGGGAGAAGCUCCAAGUCCUCCUACAGAUUGAUACACUGCACAGUACUUUAGAACUCUUUUAAUAAAUGUUUAUAUGUUAGAACAGUCUUUUUAUCUCACUAGAUUCACACUAUUGUCAUAGUAUAAAAAAAAAACACUGUAACAGUAUUAGUACUGUACAUUUUUUUUUUUACCUUGCAUUUUUGGUUUGUUUUCCUUAGUUUUUUCCCUCUCCAGAACAAACUAGGACUUAUUUGUAACUAAUACAAAAAACUUUACCACUGUGUACAUUGGUGCCUUUGACAUAACGUCUUUAAUUUCGUGACCACACUUGUAACUCAAAACACUCAUAUCGCAGAUCUUUUCCAAUUGAAAUUACUUAAAAUGCCAUUUAUCCAUUCCAGCUGCCCACAAAACACCAACAAAAAUAAAAAAAAAAAUAUCAAUGUUGUACUUUAUAAAAACAUGCAGUAAUAACAUAAUUACAAAUAAUGGUAAUAAUAAAACAAAUUGUACAUUAUGGUUAAUUAAUUGUGUGGCUCCUUUUGGUGUGUUUUGGCCACCGAGGGGGACAGGUGGGGGGGUAAUACAGAUUGUUUACUGAUGUGACAAAAUGCUAGUUUCAAUAGCGCAUCUAUGGUGUUUUGCUUUGUGUGUUAGCAUUAAGUUAGUAGACUUAGCUAAGGCAAAGUUUGUUUUUUUAAAUACGAAGCAAAUAAUUCUGUUUUAUAUUCAGUUUGACAAAGUUUAACUAGGAGUGGCAAUAAGCAGCUUGAAGUAAGCGCUUGAUCUUUUUUUUUUUUUUUUUUAUUGUUCACUAGCUGACAAACUGCUGCUCGUUGUGAAGUUCGCUGCCACUACAGAGUGCUUGUAUCUCAAAUUUUACUUGAGAGUCAAAGCAAAAAAAUCGUCCGGGCAAAGGCUCGUAUCUUGAAAAACUCAUAAGUCAGGUCACACGUAUGUCGAGGUACCACUGUCUCUUAAUUGUUAUCCUAGUGUAAUAAUAUAGCUCUAAUGAAGACUGACUUCUGUUCUGAAUUGUCAUGUUUUUGUGUACUUGUAAUUCGCUAGUUUGAGGGAUUACCAACCAGGGUGCCGUGGCACCCUAGUGUGUCAUGAGAGCUCAAAUAGGGGUGCAGCAGGAAAUUAUUCAUUUUGACUUCAUGUCCGAACAUGCAUUAAAGACCCAGUAAAUUCA